AUUGAUUCCAAACAUUCUAUAAAGUGUAAACUUGUUAAGCACGAAGGAUCUUGUUUGCAUCUUAACUGUGUCAUUAUAAGUAGUUUGAGUUAAAUAGCUAAAAACAGUUCUGCAACCUAUAUCUUUGUCCUGUUUUCAUGUCACUAAAUACUACAUACUCUUUCAUAAAUCAGUUCUCUUAAAUCCUAACACAAUCUACCAAGUAGUAAUAAUAAAUAAUAGUCUAUGAUUUUGGCAUGUUUGUGUUCCUCCCUCCAAGUUAGUUUCACAUUUUUCUUAUUACUGAAUACUAGAUAGAGAUAAAGAGUGCGCUGCUACAACAAUAUUGAAACAUGAAACUUGGGAUUUGAUUGUGACCACUGAUUAUCCUCACCAAUGAAUCAAUAUCAAUCAAUAGGACUUCGUGCAACUUAGUACGGAUUCACCAUUUCUAUGUUUAUGUCUAUUAAGUCAUGUCUUCAGAAUAUAUAGUACCUUUUUUGCUCAAAUAGUUUCCUCAGUACGUAAAAAAACAGUGUUGAUUCGAUUCCCUCCUUCACUCUUCACUUUCCUCUUUUAUCUUUUUCCAUAACCAUACACAAAUCUCUCUCUUUUUUUCACAUGCCUCCUCCUCAUUCAUAUUUGAACUUGUUCAUUUAAUCACUUUCUCUCUCAAACAUAGCUAUGUCAAAUUCCAUGACUCAUCAAAAUCAAUUUGAGAACCAAGAGCUACUAGGUGGUGUUGGUGUUGGUGGUGGUGGUUAUGUUUCAUCUUCUUUAAGGAACAACAAUGCAUCAUCAUCAUAUCAUGAAUCACUUGGAACAUUUUCUAAUAUAACACAAGGUUCUGAGAUGAGUCAUACAAGACAUUUAAUGGAUCUACUUGGAGCAGCAGCAAAUGAGAACAAUCACCAAACACAACAUGCUCUAUCACUUUCUUUAGGUUCUCACAUGCUUGUUGAUGAGUACAACACAAACCGUUCCUUAAAUCAAGGUCUUAUGAUUAACCCAAGUUACUUCAUGUCUGGUCAAGAUCAGACACGUUCUGAUCAGCCUUGUAAUCAACCUGUUGUGGAGAAUCUAACAAGUGAUUAUUUUUAUAGUAGUGGUGGAAGUGGAAGUGGAAAUGGAAAUUUUGGUUCUGGUUCUAAUAACUCAAUGUUGAACCGUUCUACUUCUACUUCUUAUGGAGGUGAGAGUUUUGGUUCUGUUAUUGGAAACUCUAGAUACCUUAAACCGGUACAAUCACUUCUUCAAGAUCUUGUUGAUGUUGGUGGAAAUGUGAUUGAUAGAAUGAAUGAAAAGUAUGCUGAGAAGUUGUUUCAUGGAAGUAGAACUGGUGCUAGAACACUCUCCUCUGAGCUCAAAGCAGAGUUAAGGAUUCAUGGACAUUUAUUAGCUGAUAAACAUGAACAUCAAGUCAAAAUUGCAAAGUUCAUUGCUUUGUUGGAUGAGGUUGAGAGUAGAUAUGAGAAAUACUACCAUCAAAUGGAAGAAGUGGUGUCAUCUUUUGAAAUGAUAGCAGGUUUAGGGGCUGCAAAGUGUUACACUGCUUUGGCACUUCAAGCAAUGUCUAGACAUUUCUGUAGCUUAAGAGAUGCAAUAAUGUCACAAAUAAAUGUGGAAAAAAGAAAACUGUUUCAAGAUGUUCCAAAAAUCAACAGUGGAUUGUCUCAACUGAGCUUAUUUGAGAAAGAUAAUAAUAAUAAUAAACAGAAUAGAAUGUCUCUCCAACAACUUGGAGUCAUUCAAAAUCAACGACAAGUGUGGAGACCCAUUAGAGGAUUGCCUGAAACUUCUGUAGCUAUUCUUCGUGCUUGGUUAUUUGAACAUUUUCUUCACCCCUACCCUAAUGAUUCUGAGAAGUUAAUGCUAGCAUCCCAAACAGGCUUAACUAAAAACCAAGUGUCAAAUUGGUUCAUAAAUGCAAGGGUACGUCUAUGGAAACCAAUGAUAGAAGAAAUGUACAAAGAAGAGUUUGGAGAGUCUUCUGAAGAUUCCAACCCAGCAGCUAACAAUUACAUGUCAAGGGAAGAUGCAACUGACUGUGUGGAGGAUUAAUUAAGAUUGAAAAUAUAAUUAAUUAUGUAACAUUGCAAGAUGAUGAGCCAAGAAUUUAUAUAGUUUUUGAGUAGUGAUAUGAUGUUGUUUAGAUUAGUAACCAGACCAGAACAGACCAGACACACGUACUGGAGUAUUAAGGAUUUGGUUGUAGUCA